GGGGAGGCGGUGGGAGCCGGCGCGGCUGAUGCCCCUCUGCCCGCCCGCCCUUCUGCGAGCCGCGGAGGGCUGGGGCGCUGGAGAGGCUUGCGGGCUCGUCCUCUGCACCUUCAGCAUCGCCGGGGGAUCUCGGAGCGCCGCGGGGGCCGCGAUCUCUGUCGGUGCGGUACCUGGCUCGGCAGAAGGCGCUGGGCCGCCCCUUCCACGAGGGAACCGGCUCCAGCGCGAGGGAGACCCUCGCCGCCACCCCUGCUCCCUGCGCAGGCGGGCAUCACGCCAGAGCCCGAGCCGGGGGCCCGGCGCAGCGAACUCGUUCCCCAGGCGCAGCGCGCGGCCGGGGCUCCCCGAGGUACCGGCGGCCGUGCCGGUGGUGGAACCGCGUGGGUAGUCUCAGCGCGGCGGGUGAGGACAGAGCGGUGCUUCCCGCGAGCAGCCCACUGUGCGGAGAGGCGGGUGUCGGUGCAGGGGGACACCGCGUGUCUGCCACUGUGCUGCUGGUGUGUCCUCCCUUCCUCCUUCCCGGCCUCUCGCAGUGCUGUGGGGUGGCGGGUGGAUCGGGAGAAGGCUGGAUGCUGCGGCGGGGCGUGAUGGACGCAGUGCGUGCCGAGGAAAGACGCUUCGGAGGAGGGAGGAUAAUAAAGUUUUGAACAGUGCCUCGCCAAGAAGUGUGAUGAGAAAUGGCUUUAGGAAACAAUACCCAGAGAAGCUAUUCCAUCAUCCCCUGCUUCAUCUUUGUUGAGCUUGUCAUCAUGGCUGGGACUGUUCUGCUAGCCUACUACUUUGAGUGCACCGAUACUUUUCAGGUGCAUAUCCAAGGCUUCUUCUGUCAGGAUGGCAAUUUGAUGAAACCAUACCCUGGGACAGAGGAUGAGAGCUUCAUUUCACCUCUUGUGCUCUACUGUGUGCUGGCUUCAACUCCAACAGCUAUUAUUUUUAUUGGUGAGAUAUCCAUGUAUUUCAUAAAAUCAACCCGAGAAACCCUUAUUAUCCAAGAGAAAACUAUUCUGACUGGAGAGUGCUGUUACCUGAACCCACUGCUUCGAAGAAUAAUACGUUUUAUAGGAGUGUUUGCAUUUGGACUUUUUGCCACUGACAUAUUUGUAAACGCUGGCCAGGUUGUGACUGGGAACUUGGCUCCCUACUUCCUGACUGUAUGUAAACCCAACUACACUGGAAAUGACUGUCGAGCCCACCACCAGUUUGUAAACAACGGCAACAUCUGCACUGGGGAUGUGGGGGUGAUUGAAAAGGCAAGGAGAUCCUUUCCAUCCAAACAUGCUGCUUUGAGCAUCUACUCAGCUUUAUAUGCCACGAUGUACAUCACAAGCACAAUUAAAACGAGGAGUAGCAGGCUAGCCAAACCUGUGCUGUGCCUGGGUACCCUUUGUGCUGCGUUCCUCACUGGGCUAAAUCGAGUUUCUGAGUAUCGAAACCACUGUUCGGACGUGAUUGCAGGCUUCAUCUUGGGCAGUGCUGUAGCUUUGUUUCUGGGGGUAUGUGUUGUCCAUAACUUUAAAGGCACUAAUGGAGCUCCUUCUAAACCGAAGCCUGAAGACCCACGAGGAAUGCCGCUAAUGGCUUUUCCAAGAGUGGAAAGUCCUCUGGAGACAUUGAGUGCACAGAAUCACUCUGCCUCUAUGACUGAAGUUACCUGAGAUGGAAGACUGGCAACCGAAGCUAUUUUUUAUUACCCCCCAGUACAAUACUCCAAGACACACAGUUACUAAAUGUCUAACUGUGAUGACCAGUAUUAUGUUAUGUCUAGUUAGAGGCUAAUGUUUUGUACUUUUUUUGUAUGAAGAAGUGAUGUAGCUUGCCCUGAUUUUUUGUCAGCUUUAAUAUUAUUAUGCCAGAAUUUAAAAGCAAAAACGAAAAAGAAGAAAAAAACUUUUCUUGUUUAAAGUGUGCACUGAGGAACUACAUCUAUGGAAUUGUUGAUGUUGUUAUGUGAUACUUGUACACAAUUUUUUUCUUUUUCAUUUUUGAAUUUAUACAUCUUGGUGGGGGGGUAUCACUUUUACCUUUUCUUACCAUAAGAAGUGCUUCUACCGGUGGGUCAGAUCUGAAUAAGCUCAGCAUAGAUCUGAAGUAGUUGCAUAUAUUUAAUUCAGAUUAAAAUAAUGGUGAUCGGGAAUCUAACCCGAAUGAUACUAUCAAAACGUAAUAAACAUCAACCUCUGUUCAGUGAGCUACUUAAGCAUUCCUUAGCAUUACUGACUUCAGCUAGCCAUCCAGUUUCCAGACUAUUUGACAGACUUGAAGUAUGUCCUUAAGCAUCUUACUGAAUCAAAGCCUGAUUGUUCUGGUGUGGGUGAUUGUGCUAGUUAUUGAAGAAUAACUAAAACAAUGUACUCAGUCUGCAAAUAUACAGACUGGACGUGAAAAUUUAUAGUAGUAGCUGAUAGCAUGUGAGCUGACUAUAUCACCUCCCUAGAUCUCUGUUCCUCCCUGAGGCCCAGCUAAAGCUCCCAGUGAAACCUGGCUUCAGGAAUUGACUAUGGGGAUAUACAGCCACCGCUGUGGAGCUGAGGCUGUGCUUUAGGUGUUCCAUAACUUCAUCAUAGAUUUGUGGGGUAACUAGUAACACCAGUGUAAAGGAAACUGACACUUCUUCAGCAGAGUGGCAUGACAUGGCAUUCAGAUUGGCAGAAUCAGGAAGGCAGUUUUGGCCCAAUGGUGUAGUUUUCACUGGGGGGCUUUGACAAGACAAAAAAAAAAAAAAACCAAAACAACCAAAAACAAAACCAAAAACUGUCAAGAGUCUUUAGUAGCAGCUGCAUUUCUGUAAAUUUUGCUAUACAGAAUUUAUAUCAAAACUGCCAUUUUACAAUGUAACAACUUUGUUUAAGGAAUAAAAAGACAAUUAAAUAUGGGUGGGAGAUGGGGGAAGAAAAAAAAGAACCCCUUUACAAUGGCUAGAACAGGGGACAAGGCUUCAUUACAUGACUUACUGUUCCUAGGAUUUUCCUGCAUCUCAUUCUUCUAGCAUGGUGAUAACUGCUGUAUGUCUCCUUUAAAAAAUGAAGCCUUUGUCUGUACUUUUGCUGGAAUGUUUACCUCACAUUUCCAUGUUGGUUCUUCUUGGCUUUUUUUUGUAUAUUUUUUCCAAAACAGAUGCAAAGUAUCAAAAAACCAAAA